ACCUCUGCCACUGUCUUCUUCCGACUGCAACCAUUUAGGAUUAUAUAUAUGCGCAAUCUGGAUUUGGCUAAACAUCGGAACAUUCUAAGCGAAAACUUUGAUUUGCAGAGCUUCCAUUGUGAAGUUUUAACAAAUGUCUAUUAUUCCAAGUCUUUGGGGCAGGAGAUCUUCCACUGUGUACGAUCCAUUUUCACUGGAUGUGUGGGAUCCUUUUCAGGUUUUUGAUUCCUCAAUCUUCAAGAAUAUAGCAGCGCCCUCGGCAGAUUUUGCAAGGGAUGCAGCGGCUGUAGCAAAUACACAAAUCGAUUGGAAGGAAACCCCUGAUGCACACAUUUUCAAGGCCGACCUUCCUGGUCUGAAGAAAGAAGAGGUAAAAAUUGAGGUGGAAGACGGCCGAAUUCUUCAGAUAAGUGGAGAACGCAGCAAAGAAGAGGAGAAGAAGAACGAGAAAUAUCAUCGUAUUGAACGCUCGCGAGGUAAAUUCCUGAGGCGUUUCAGGCUCCCUGAAAAUGCGAAGGUGGAAGAGGUUAAAGCCGGCAUGGAAAAUGGAGUUCUCACUGUGACAGUGCCGAAGCAGCCUCAACCUAAGCCUGAAGUUAAAUCUAUUGAAAUCUCUGGCUAAAUAGAGAGAGAGAAUUUCAUUAGUCAUCGAGCUCUAUUUCGCUUGUGAGGAUUUUCGUUUUGACUGAUAUUUUGUAAUUUUGUGUGGUACUUUUUAGGUUUGCUCUGCAGGGGAUUGGGUAAUUGUGUCAUGGGUUUCUGUUGGCAAUCUUAAUGUCCCAUCUGAUUGUAAUAAAUCGAAUGUAAUAAUUGCAAAUAUAUAUUAAUGUAAAAAUUGUUGGAAUCAUCA